AGCGACCCUUUGGCAGGUCUUGCGAGGACGGCGACGACGACGAGAAGGAGGAGAAAGGGUCUCGCGAUGCGCUGCCUGCCUCUGCUCGGCUUCUUCGCCUGGGGCUUCGGGAGCUUGGCUGGGCCCAGCGGAGGAGCUUCCCCUCCUCCCUGCCCGGCUUCCUGUAACUGCGAUGGGGACGGGGGAGUGGACUGCUCCGGGAGAGGGCUCACCGCGGUGCCGGAGGGACUCAGCGCCUUCACCCACUCGCUGGACAUCAGUAUGAACAAUAUAACAAGGUUACCAGAGGAUGCAUUCAAGAAUUUCCCUUACCUUGAAGAGCUACGGCUGGCUGGCAAUGACCUUGCUUUUAUUCAUCCAAAGGCCUUGUCUGGGUUGAAGGAACUCAAAGUUCUUACCCUGCAGAACAAUCAGUUGAAAACUGUUCCUAAUGAGGCCAUCAGGGGACUUGGCGGGCUGCAGUCUUUGCGCUUAGAUGCUAACCACAUUACUGCUGUGCCAGAAGACAGUUUUGAGGGCCUAGUUCAACUACGUCACCUGUGGCUGGAUGAUAACAGCUUGACUGAAGUCCCUGUGGUUCCACUCAGCAAUCUUCCGUCCCUGCAGGCCUUAACCUUGGCUCUCAACAAAAUCACCAGCAUCCCUGACUUUGCAUUCACAAACCUCUCAAGCCUUGUUGUACUGCAACUUCAUAACAAUAAAAUAAAAACAUUAGGACAUCAUUGUUUUGACGGAUUAAACAAUCUAGAAACUUUAGACUUAAAUUAUAACAACAUGGUAGAGUUCCCUGAAGCAGUUAAAGCACUUCCAAGCCUAAAGGAGUUGGGAUUUCACAGUAAUUACAUUUCCAUCAUCCCUGACAGUGCGUUCGUAGGAAACCCGCUUCUAAGAACUAUACAUCUAUAUGAUAACCCGUUAUCCUUUGUUGGGAACUCAGCUUUUCAAAACUUAUCAGAUCUGCAUUCGUUGGUAAUUCGUGGGGCCAGCAUGGUACAGUGGUUUCCUAAUUUAACAGGAACUACCAAUUUGGAGAGUCUGACUUUUACAGGCACCAAAAUAAGCAGCAUUCCCAUAAAUCUAUGCCAAGAGCAAAACAUACUUCGGACUUUGGAUUUGUCUUAUAAUAACAUAAAACAACUUCCAAGUUUUAAAGGCUGCAGCUCCCUGGAAGAAAUAUCUUUGCAGCAUAAUCAAAUCGAGGAAAUCAGAGAAAAUAUAUUUGAGGGACUGACUUCUCUACGUACCCUUGAUCUCAGCAGAAACUUGAUCCACCAGGUUUACAAGGAAGCAUUUGCUACGCUUGGUGCUAUUACCAACCUAGACUUAAGUUUCAAUGCAUUGACUUCAUUUCCAACUGGAGGCCUGAGCAGGUUAAACCAGCUUAAACUAGUAGGCAAUACUGAACUGAAGGAAGCCCUCUCAGCAAAGGAUUUUGUGAAACUCAGAUCUCUGUCCGUUCCCUAUGCCUAUCAGUGCUGUGCCUUCUGGGGUUGUGACUCUUACUUAAACUCCAACACUGAAGAUUCCAGUCACCAAGAUCAGAGUCGGUUGGUUGCACACGAUCAAGGUGCACCAGACGCAGAUGACGUAAGCAAUGAUGAAAAUGAAGAACUUGGUCAGACAAUAAUUCACUGUACCCCCACAACAGGUGCAUUCAAGCCCUGUGAAUACUUACUGGGAAGCUGGAUGAUUCGUCUUACAGUCUGGUUUAUUUUUUUGGUCGCCUUGUUCUUCAACAUGCUUGUCAUGUUAACUAUAUUUGCUUCUUGUACUUCACUGCCAUCCUCCAAACUGUUCAUAGGCUUGAUUUCAAUCGCUAACUUAUUCAUGGGGGUCUACACUGGUAUAUUGACUUUCCUGGAUGCAGUGUCUUGGGGGAGGUUUGCUGAGUAUGGUAUCUGGUGGGAGACUGGCAGUGGCUGUAAAGUUGCUGGGUUUCUGGCCAUCUUCUCUUCGGAAAGUGCUAUUUUUUUCCUAAUGUUAGCUGCUAUUGAGCGGAGCCUUUCUGCAAAGGAAAUCAUUAAAAAGGGUAAAUGCAAUCAUCAGAAAAAGUUUCGAAUUGCAGCUAUCUUUGCUUUCCUCUGUGCAUUGGUAGCAGGAUGUUUGCCGCUUUUCCAUAAGGGAGAGUAUUCCGCAUCACCUCUUUGCCUGCCCUUUCCAACAGGAGAAACUCCCUCCUUGGGCUUUACAGUUACAUUAGUGCUCCUAAACUCAUUAGCCUUUUUGCUGAUGGCUAUUAUUUACACCAAACUUUACUGCAACUUAGAAAAGGAAGACAUCUCCGAGAACUCACAAGCCAGCAUGAUUAAACAUGUCGCUUGGCUAAUCUUCACCAAUUGUAUCUUUUUUUGCCCUGUUGCAUUUUUCUCUUUCGCUCCACUCAUCACUGCAAUCUCUAUCAGCCCUGAAAUCAUGAAGUCUGUCACUCUGAUUUUCUUCCCACUGCCUGCUUGUUUGAAUCCAGUCUUAUAUGUGUUCUUCAACCCCAAAUUCAAGGAAGAUUGGAAAUUACUCAGAUGGCACAUCACCAAGAGGAAUGGGACUGGAACAGUUGCCGUAAACACGCAGGGUGGCUGUGGGACGCAGGAUUUCUACUAUGACUGUGGCAUGUACACACAUCUGCAAGGCAACCUUACCAUGUGUGAAUGCUGUGAAUCACUGCUUAUAUCCAAGCCUGUACCAUGCAAACACUUAAUAAAAUCCCACAGUUGUCCUGCUCUGGCAGUAGUGCCUUGCCAAAGGCCAGAUGGCUACUGGUCAGAUUGUGGUACCCAGUCUGCCCAUUCUGAUUAUGCCGAUGAAGAGGACUCUUUUGUGUCGGACAGCUCAGAUCAAGUACAGGCCUGUGGACGUGCUUGUUUUUAUCAGAGCAGAGGCUUCCCAUUGGUCCGUUAUGCCUACAACAUCCCAAGGAUUAAAGACUGAAAGCUUUACUAAAUCAUGUGCUAAAAAGGAGGAAGUACGAUGCUUCAUAUAGACUAUGCCUGUUUCAGCCUUUCACCUGGAAGCACUUUUAUAAUCAUCAUUUGAUGUUAAUUAUAAACAAAUGGUAGAGGCAGUAAAUACCUUGAGCUAUGUGUUUAAAAUAAGAGCUGUUGCUCUUAAUGUAAAUAAUUGGAAAACCAAAAAUUUUAAUCCAGUUUUUUUUUUACUCUUUUUCCAAACAAUUAUAUAUUAUGUUUAUGUGCUUAGGCUAUUUUUCCACGUUGUUAUCCAAUUGUAACUUACUGCUUCUGUUGUGAUGUGAAUUCUGUCAACUUUUCCAGUUAAGCACAACGCAACAGAAUGCUAUAGCUAAGAGGGGGAAACCUGUUGCUAACUUUUGUAUAGCAUUUUUGACUGAAUCUCAGGACAAUUUACUGCAGGGCCAAAAGACGGGAGUACUCUUCCCAUAUGCAACUGUGAGACAAAUACAGGCAAAACGUGCCAUUUUUUCAUAAUUCAACUAUGGCUUAAUUUGCCUGGAAUAAAAACCUUAUUUCAGGAUAAAAUACUUAUUGUGCCUCACAAUGGAUUCUGGAUGGUUUGGCAUAAUAAACUUUAUCUUUAGAGUACUGCUUCAUAGUAACUGGGAACGUUGGGCUUUUACAUGGUGGACAAACAUCACAAUCGGUUUUGCCAAACUUAUGUCAUGUUGUCCUGUGACCCCAAUCUCUAUUCCCUUGAUGUCAUGUCGGAUUUCUGUGCCAUUACUGUGAUUCUGUGGCCUCCAAUGUGUGUAUGGAGCACCACACAAAUGAGAGCCAACUUCUUCUCAUCUUCAAGUUGGUGAAUAUUCUGCAUGCAUACUGGGGUUUUCUUGAUGUGUGCAAGAGCAUUCAUGACAAAAAAGAGAACAGGAUGCCCACCUCCAUGGGUGGAAUCAAGUGACUUUUUGAGGAUCCUGCAGCCUCCCCAUGCGCCCUCAGAAUGUGCUCUGGACAGUUGGGGACCCUCAGGAGCAAAUUUUCUGGGGGCUACAAGGGAGAGAAGAAAGGAAGUCCCAACACAUUAACAGAAGUCUGCCCCAUGUGCAUAUUGGAGAGGCUCUGGGCUUUUGGAUUGCUGUAUGUGUGUUGCGGCAGCAAAAAAGAAGAAAAAGUCAUGUCUGACAUAAUAGAUUAACAGCUGUCGAGAGAUAGAAAUGAACUUGUUGUUCAGGAAAGAAAAUAACAUUUGGGAUGAAAUUGCAAUAUUGUCUAAUGGAUAGAAUAGGCCUAAGUUAGCAAGUUUAUUUGUAGUGAAAGAAAUUGGGGUGUUUGAAGACUUAGGAAUAAAAUAUGAAAGGUACCCUAUAACAUAGGAAUUUCUGCUUUGCUGCUAUUUUACAGUAAUGUGGAAAUGGGCUGUCCUUCUUUAAAAUUGGAGGGGAGGGCAUGACACAAAUCAUUACAUCUUUAGAUUUGAGCUGAUCAUUUCUGAAUUACAAAGAGUGAUUCAUGUUAUUGCCCUUUGUUUGAAGUCUGAGCAGCAUACAAUUAUGAAUACACAGUCAAAUUAAAUCAGCUAUUUUUUGAACGAACUGUUGAGUUGAUAGCAAUUUCACUGCCAUACCAGAAAUUCUGGCACAAUUUUUACUAAGUGUUUUAAGCUAGAUUGCAAUUAGGAAAUUAAACUGUACAUAGUGUGCAUAAACAGAUACUUUUUCUCUGUAUUGUAAAUUAUUUGAUAGAACACAUGAUGAUGGGAAAUGUGGCUUCAGUGCAUUUUGUUAAUUAAAGCUACCUCCUGAAAUAUAGCAGCUGCCAGUAGCAGAAUGUCUAAAUUGUGGUUUAUAUACUUUUUUGCAUUGUAAAUAAACAUUGGUUGUAUAUUGUUGUUGUAAUAAAACCAGAAGCUUUGUAAAUCAAAAUUAUUUAGCUUGUACGAAAUAGGGGAUGCUAUCAUUCUUGUAUACUGUAAUUUUUGUAAACCUAAAUCAUUCAUAGUAAAAUCAAAGAAAAUUGAGAGCAAGAGAAAGAAGUAUUGUAGAGUGUUGUGUUAUACUUACACCUUUUAAAUUGAAUCUACAGAUUUAAUGUGGUUUUAUUGGAAAUAUUUAAUGAGUGUAUUGUGCCUGAGUGGUGCUAACUUUAUAACGUAUCUGUAUAGUUAAAAACAAAGGAAUCCCUGCCAAUAAGAAAUGUACUUCAGAUGCCAAAACCAGCAAGUGUGAUAACACUCAUAUAAAUAUUUACUCGAAUUCAGAGAA